CCCACCGCUCGCGGACUUCGGAAUUGGCUGGCGGCCUGACGGGCGCCGCGGCCGCAGCGCGUUUCCGCAGGUUGUCGAGACCCGAGGAUGCGCGCCCUGCCAGCCCUGGACGCGCCCCCGAGCGAGCGCCUCCUGUCCCGGGACUCCGGGGGCCCCCGGGCCCCGGACGCGGCGGGGCCGACGCGCAGGAGCGCGGUGGAAAGGCUGGCAGCCGACCGCUCCAAGUACGUGCGGGGCCCGCCGGGAGCCGGCCCAGGCCCGGCUUGCGAGGGCAGCAGCCCCGGGGCGAGCGAAGGGCAGGCGGGCGACCCUCGGCCCCCGGCGCGCGUCCCCGGUCCGGUGGCGCGCAGGACCAUAGCGCGGAAGCCUCUGAGGCCGGACUCGCUGGUUAUCUACCGACAGAAAUGCGAGUUCGUCCGAGGGUCGGGAGCCGACAGCCCCAGGGGAGGCCUGGUGAAGAAGCUCUUCCAGGGGCCGGGCAAGGACAAGACGCCGGGGUCCCCCGGCACGUCCCGGGUGGGAGAAGAGGGAGGGGCCGGGGCCCAGGAGGCCGCCGCGACCGAGCCCGGCCCCGUCGCGGCUCCCGCGGUGCCAGGGCCCUCCGCGCCCCCGGCCCCCGCCCCGCCGGUCAGGGCGCCCUCCAGAGUUCCGGCGGCGCCCCGGGGUCCGGAGCUGCUCGGGGCGAGGCACCGGGGACUGCAGCGCUCGCAGUCCGACCUCAGCUCGCGCUACUCCGCGUCCUUGGCCGAGUUUGACACCUUCUUCCAGUACUGCGGCCUGGAGCCCGAGGUGGUGGAGGCGCUCGGGCGGGAGAACUUCUCCGCCGGGUCGGACCUCGUCGCCCUCAAGGUCCGCAGCGUGAGCGUCGCCACCUCCGACAGCGGCUUCUCCCGGCACAGCGGCGGCGACGAGGGGCUGCAGGAGGGAGAGCUGACGGAGCAGGUGCCCAGCACCACCUCGGUGGUCGAGAGGAACGCCCGCAUCAUCAAGUGGCUGUACACCUGUAAGAAGGCCAAGGAGACCCCCGGCCAGGGGCUGCAGGGCCCAGCGUGACCGCUGCGCCCCGGGAGACCCGGACCGAGGAAGCAAGCCUUCCCGACAGUGGGGACUCCUUGAAGUACGUCUGGAUGAUUGGGACCCCAGGGCCAUCCUCACUGCCAGGUUUUGUCCAGUGUACCCAGGUGUCCAUAUGAUUGCUGUUUUCCCAGGAAUAAAGCACACCAUUGAAGAAGCCUAAGUAUUUUCAGAAGGUUUGAAGUGCUAUGGAGAAGAUGGGAAUAUAGAACUUGCAAAUUAGCUGAGUUAUAACUGUUGUGACACAGCUGAAGCUCUGGAAGAUAUUUUCUUGUGUUAGGUGGACCUGUCCUUGCUUCCAGAGAGCAGCGAAGGGGAAAAGCUGCUUGGAAAUAUUUUCAAGGGCAUCUUUUUGAGUGGCUUGCUGACAGAGAGGUACAAUGAUACAUUUUAAUGAUAUCUAAAUUAAUUUUAAAAAGAUAAAAAGGCAAAGAGCAUGAAAAGCAAACACGAAUGAAUGCCACGGUAUUCUUCAAUCAUAUUGGAUGGGUUGGCACCAUUUAAAUCAAAGUUCUGUGGUCAUAAGAAGUUAUAUUCUACACAAAUACUAUGGCUAACAAAGAGCAAACACAUGCUCACACUUGCAUACUCACAUGUAGACCUCAAUUUCUAAGCACCACUGCACUGUAAACUACAGUGAAUUCCCAAACUGUGCAACUGAUCAUCUUAUGAAAUGAAUCAGAAAACACUUUUAAAACCACUUGAGAGCUGCAAGGUCAUUCUGUGAACGCCACUCCUGUUGGGUUGUAGACAUGCAGAGGUACCAUUAAAAGAUAAAGAGCUGAAAUACUACUAGGAAACCUUUUUUUGUACCUGGACAGUUCCUUGAGAGUUAGCAGAAGAAUAUUGGAGCUUCCUUCCUUCAGAUCAACAGCAGUGGUCCUCUUCUGCAGCACCGUUUAGAAUGGGCCUCCAUGUUUCUCUUGUUCCCAGCUUCCAAAAGGAUAAAAAGCCUCGGUUUAGAUAGAACAUGGCCUCAUGACAUGUGACGUGCCCUGCUCUCUGGUCUAAUUCACAUGCCCACCUAUCAGGCAAUCAUUCCAAACAUGGCAACACUUCACCCUUCUCUGAAAAGGGUGUGUUUGACACAAGGGUUAGCCUCUGGGUGUCGGUAAGGAGUUACUGUGACCCUAAAUCUGAACCAGCUCAUGACACUCAGAGUAAAUAGAUUUCAGAUUCAGAAACUUCUGAGAGGAAUUUUGUAUCGAUGAUGACAACUCCCCAAAAUUUGUCACCUGGUCAAAGCUUACAAUGUUUUAUCAAAAUAUGUCCCUUCAAGAAUAAAAUUAUUAGAAGAAUCGGGAGGGAAGAGAAAUAGGUUUCUCAAUGGUAAAAUAUUUUAUAAACCAAUUUUGAUAUAUUAAUGUAUUUGUUUAAUAUUGUAUUCUAUUUUUGUAACUUUUACUGUGAGAAUAGGUCCUUGAGUUACUUAAAUAUUUAUUUUUACAUAGUUAUUGGUCUUCAAAUAGUUUUCCUACACUUCAUAUGGUUUUAGUUUUUAUCAGGAUAAUUUUAAAUCAUUCUCUCCUUGGUUAUCUUUUUGUAUGUUGUUUAAUUGAAUUUCCAAAUUUCACUGUAAGCAGAGUGUUCACUACUCUAUAAAGUGUUCAGUACGAUAGGGAUUUGUUUUUAAGUAAAACACAGAUGCCCAUUUGGGGAGGCUCUGUUGGCUGACGGAUGUACCUCUGUCAAUGUAGUCUCUAGAAAGACAAAGAUUCCCUGCUCUAAGAAAUUUUUCCCUGUUGUUUUUUUUUUAAAAAUGCUGCUGUUUUGCUGUUCACUGGAUUACACUUAGUUUAAAAGAUAACGUCGGGCUUCCCUGGUGGCGCAGUGGUUGCGCGUUCGCCUGCCGAUGCAGGGGAACCGGGUUCGCGCCCCGGUCUGGGAGGAUCCCACAUGCCGCGGAGCGGCUGGCCCCGUGGGCCAUGGCCGCUGAGCCUGCGCGUCCGGAGCCUGUGCUC